AUGGUACAGCUGUUAAAUGAAAUCACCAUUCAGCCCACGGCUGCCCCCGUUCUGGAGCAGGUGGUGGAGCUGAGCAUCCUCCUGACCGGAGAGGUCUUCAGCGACGAGCUCAGAGAUCCAGCCAGCCUCAAGUUCCAGACGCUCAGCAGAGAUCUUGCGGAAAAGAUAGAAGAUGCUCUAGAGGGGCUUCCCGGCUUUAAGAGUGUGUCUGUAAUCGACUUCAGACCACAGAAGGACUCUCAGUGGCUGGAUGGCAUAGUGGUGGAUUACGCAGUCACGGUAGCGGUGGACGGAGCCGGGGUGAGCUCUGAACAGCUGAACUACCUGACCCUGCAGUCCAACCUGGUGGAGAACUCGUAUCGAGAGAUCAAGGAGCCCCCCACAGUGGUCUACACCAUCAGCGGGAUUAAAAACAUCUUCACCGAACCGCAUCACAUCGACGAGCUGGAGAGUGUGUCUGAGAUUCCUGAGCCUGUCAGGGCUGCAGACGAAGCGACGGGCAUUGACCUAUCAGAAGUCUUGACCCUGGAUCAUCCCACUGGCGGUGGAUCAUCACCACCAGUAGAACUCAACACCCUGGGACCAGAAGAGGACAUCGUUAUUCUGGAGGAGAGUGAACUAGCGUCACCUGAGGCGGCACUUGCCACCAGUCCACCUGAAGCUGGUAGCAUUGAGGAGGAAGAUCUGUUGCCAGAGGAUGCUGUGCUAGCUCCUGCUCCAGAGACCAUCCCGCCUACAGAGCUCCUACCAGGACCUCCCUCCCAGGAGACUCCAAAGAGCUCCACGUUGCCUGAGCCGCCAAUAGAAACGGAGGCUUCUGGGUCAGGCCGAGAAAACCUGGACAGUUUAAUUGAGCCAUCCAUUGAAGAAGAAGACCAAAUAUCUCUUGUAGAGACUGAAGAUGUUAAAUCAGAACCUGAACAAGAAAAAGUUGAUGAGGUUGAGAUUUUGGAAAAGCCUGAGGUCUCUACAGUUUUAACUAAGACCACAAUAGAACAAGGCCAGCCAGCUCUUUUACCCCCAACAGAGACAGUGAAUAUCCCAACUGAGGCGUCGGAGCCUGAUGUAGCCAAAACCACGCUCCACUCUGAUGUCGAUGAACCUGUGGUUCAGGCACCAGAGGACUCUAGCAAGUUUGGCAAAGACCCUGACCAGGAUGUAGGGAUCAAUGUGAUUUUUACCUAUCCUGAGGAACCUGCAUUUGAUGAAAAAGGCUUUGACGAGACAAUUGAGAGUGAUGGAAGUGAAGUGAAAGAGGGAUCUUUGUCUGAAGCCAGGGAUAUAGAGGAGGAGGCACCUCUGACCCCAGAGAUCUUAGCAGGAGAUCUUGUGGAGGAUGAGAUUUUGCUCGUGAACAGAGACGAUUCGAAGUUACCUGGGACAGACUUCCCACGCCACCCACUGCCAACUGCCCUGUUUCCAGAGGAGGAAACCCCUUUUACAGUCAUCUCAUCCAUCGUCCCGGAUUUUGAUGCUCUGCCUGACAAAGCCAUCACUUCACUGACCACUCAGGAGGACCUGGAUGAUGCCUCCCCUGAAGAUCACGGAUAUGACCUGAUUCCUUAUGAUUACGGCUUGACCAACCAGACAGAGGAAGGCAGCACUGGAUCCCCAUUCAGUGUGGCCCAAGGCACAGACCAAGUCAGCAUUGCCAUGCCUAUAAACCCGAGGCGAGCUCUGAUAGUCUUCUUCAGCCUGAGAGUGACCAACAUGGUAUUUUCUGAAGAUCUCUUUAACAAGAGCUCCGCCGAGUACAAGGCCUUGGAGCAGCGCUUCCUAGAACUGCUUGUGCCCUAUCUUCAGUCCAACCUGAGCCACUUUGAGAAUCUGGAGAUCUUGAACUUCAGGAAUGGGAGCAUCGUGGUCAACAGUCGGAUGAAGUUUGGGAGGCCUGUGGCUCGGGGCGUCACCACCACCGUGUACCUAAUCCUGGAGGACUUCUGUAACACUGCGUACCAGACCAUGAACCUAGCCAUUGAUAAAUACUCUCUGGAUGUGGAGUCGGGUGACCAAGCCGACCCCUGCAAGUUCCAGGCGUGCAACGAGUACGCAGAAUGUAAAGUGAACAAGUGGUCAGGGGAAGCGGAGUGCGUCUGUAACGCGGGCUACUUCAGUGUCGACGGCCUUCCGUGUCAAAGCAUCUGUGAGCUGCAGACAGACUUUUGCCUCAAUGACGGCAAGUGUGACAUCAUCCCUGGCCAGGGAGCCAUCUGCAGGUGUCGUGUUGGAGAGAACUGGUGGUACAGAGGUGAACACUGUGAGGAGUAUGUGUCCGAGCCUCUGGUGGUUGGCAUCGCCAUAGCCUCCGUUGCUGGUUUCCUGUUUGUGGCGUCCGGAGUGCUGUUCUUCCUGGCCAGGACACUUCGGGAUCAGUACGACAAGGAAGAGUCGGAGGAUCCCGUACGGCGGGUGGAAAGUCUUCCGUCAUUGGAAAGGGCAACCAAAUACAACCCCAUGUAUGAAAGUGAAGCCACUACAGGCUUCAGCCACUAUUACCGUCGUUAUCCCGAAGCGCCUACGUACAGCAGUGCCAGCGCUGAGGCAUCCACCGACUUUAGCAGCGAGGAGAUACGGCACAUCUAUGAAAACAGCGAGCUGACCAAAGAGGAAAUCCAAGACAGGAUACGCAUCAUUGAACUCUACGCUAAGGACCGGCAGUUUGCAGACUUUGUGCGGCAGCAUCAAGCAGUUCUGGAUACCCAGAGAGAAAGCUCCUCUAUGCACUCAUAGAACUGUAACGAACAAGAUACUAGACACGCUUCCUGAUCAACGAUGACGCUUCCUGUCAAGACGUCUCUUCGAUCGCCAUGUUCCUCGUAGUUCGGACUGUGUUUAGAUUAUUUUCAGCACCUUUGUAACGGAAACAGUAAGUCUGCAUCUGUCGCUCUUUGUGUGGGUGGGUGUUGACCAUUCAUUCAUAAACCUCUGUGCCUUCUGACUGGGUGAGUCUCCUGUGACGCUACGGCCCGUUUCUGCUCAUGUUUUUGCUGCUUAACUACCAAACCUUUGGGGAAAACCGGGCCGCAUCCUGUUACUUGAACAGAAACGCAAAGACCAAACCGACGAGCAACUAUUGUUUUGUGUGAAAACUGUUUAUUUGCAUUACCUUCUAUCUGCCUUCUCUUAAAGGGGAAGAACUUAUAUUGUGAUAGGUUUGUAUAGCUAAACUGACAUUUGUCCGUCUGAGAUACAUGUCAUUUUUUGAUCUUUGUCAUGCUCGGAUUUAUUUCUUAGCUCUAUCGAAGAGCCAUAAAAACCUAGGUAAUUUUUUAGUUAUUGGUGCUAUUCUAAUUUUAAAAACUCCUUGAAAUGUAUAAUGUUGUCGUUGAGUCAUUUACAGUUUGAAGCCAGCACCAGUGGAUGGACUCUGUUGUACAAUACAAGUACAAGUCAACAUUUUGGGAAAUGCAGAAAAGGCCAAAUUACAGUUCGUCUCUGUGUUCACUGAUGUCUGAAGCAGUCAGCAGUAAAGAUAUGCCGAACAAAGACCUUCGAUGGAAUCAAUUAAAUCAAAGCACAUGCAUGUGCUUAAACGGCCCAGUCAAAGCCCAGAAAGAGCUUUUAAUUUGGUGUCCAUAGAUGUUCUCCGUCUCUAAAUCUGCCAAAACCUCAGUUAUUUGACUCAGUGAUGCCAAAUACUUAUCCACAACAAACCUUUCAGAUUUUUGUUUGUAAAAAUUUCUGUUAUGCAUUUAGUGUCUUCAUUAUACUUCACAGUUUUUCUCCACUUUGUGUUGGAUAUCAGUCACUAAUAUCUCUCUGAAAUACCCUGAUGUUUGUAAUUGUAGUGUGAAAAAGUUCAAGAGGUAUGAAUAUCUUUGCAAAGCACUUUAGUCUUGACUGAUUUCCUCUUUCUUGGAAAAUAUAAAGCAGCAAAACGCUGCACUGUUCUGAAGAGUAAAAGCGACAGUCUACUGUCUCAGUUUUUCUCCCCUCCAGAUGAUUUAUUUGCCUUUUUUCAUGGAUUUUUAUAGGUAAUAAUAAACUUUACCUGAGUGAAGUUGGUCCCACCCUCACCUUCUUCAAAUUAAACAAAAUUGGUACCAAACGUUUGUGCUGGUUUGCUCUCAUUUUAAAGAUGCUAAUAAAUGUUUCCAGAGGUUUCAUCUUCUUAGCACAGUUGUUUGUCACCAAACCUGCUUGAUUUUGUAAAUGUGGCUGACAUUUGAUCGUCUCUGGAAACAUUUAUUAGAAUCUUUAGCGGCACAAACCACAAUUUUUGCUGCACAAACCUUUGACACCGUUUUUGUUUGAUUUGAAGAAGGUGUGUGGGGGGAGCAGCUUCACUCAGGUAUAAACAUUUGGGUCUCCAGACGCCUAACUAGGCAGAUAAAAAGUGUUUAGAUGGAACUCAUGAAGGCGUUCGGCCCCGGGAUUUGAAUCCUUCUUUCAGUUUCAUAUUGGGACUAUCGAGAGUCCAGCAAAAGCAGAAAGCGGAGCAUGACAAACAACAGACGCUCUCAGUAAAGGCAUACAUAGAAACUUCUGUACUGCUGUCUGUCUUUUCAAUCUGAAACUUUCUGGGUGACCGAUUCCAGUGUUUCCUAUGGCAUUCAUACACUUUCCCCUGGAUUUGUUAUCCUUGACCCUGCCCGUUCACGGUGUGGCCCUUCACAUCUGCACCUGGUUAUGUUCUGCUUGUCUACGCUGUCGGAAAGCAUGAGCGUCGGUUCUCUCCGGAGGUCACUCACAGCUCCACACGUAGAUCAAGCUUCAGGUUUUUGCUAGGAAUAAAUUGUUCUGUUAGUCAUCUACCCAAGUGAAGAAAAAAUAAAUAAAUAAUUUUCGGAGCAGA